CCGUCCGAUCAAUCCUCCACCCAAAGACGGAGAGAGAGAGAGAGAGAGAGCAGUAAAACUCAUCAAUCAUCACUUCCAAAUCUUCAAAAUUAAAGAACGAACCAGAACACGAACAACUCCUCCGCUUCAAACCAUGUCGUCAAACGACAAUCCCUCUCCUUCUCCCACGCCCACGCCGGCCGUCGACACUACGCCCUUACUGGGCGACCAGAUCUUUCGCACUCGCCCCCGCUUCCUCCGCCGCCCGCCUAGCCUUCGUGGUGCGGCUCGCUUCCUCCGCCGGGCCAGCAGCCGGGGCCGGGCGAUGCGUGAGCCUUCCGUGCGUGUUCGGGAAGCUGCUGCCGAACAAAUCGAAGAACGCCAAAGCGAUUGGGCUUACUCCAAGCCAAUAGUAAUCUUGGACCUCGUUUGGAACCUCGCGUUCGUUAUCGUCUCCAUUUCUGUGCUGAUCAUGAGCCGCCAUGAGGAUCCUUCGAUGCCGCUGAGGCUUUGGAUUGUUGGCUAUGAUCUGCAGUGCAUUCUCCAUAUGGUGUGUGUUUGCGCCGAGUAUAAGAAAAGGUAUUCGCAGCGGAAUUCAGAGGGGAGUGAAAGGGGGCAGCUUAGGUAUAACCGGAAUUACUCCAAUUCGAGCUCCGGAAGUGAUGACAUGGAGUCUGGGGAUUAUGUUUCCGAGCGCCGGCAGAGUGAUGAUGAAGCUAGUGUUGCUAGACAUCUGGAGUCUGCAAAUACUAUGUUCUCAUUCAUUUGGUGGAUAAUUGGGUUCUAUUGGGUAUCUGCUGGCGGCCAGAGUUUGACUAGUGAAUCACCGCAGCUUUAUUGGCUUUGCAUCACAUUUUUGGCAUUUGAUGUGUUCUUCGUUGUCAUUUGCGUUGCUGUGGCAUGUGUCAUUGGAAUUGCUGUUUGCUGCUGUCUGCCAUGUAUUAUUGCAAUUUUAUAUGCGGUUGCAGAUCAGGAAGGAGCUACUAAGGAAGACAUUGACAGACUUCCUAGAUACAAGUUCCGGAAAAUUGGUGACUUUGAAAAACAAAACGGUGAAAUUCAAGAAUCAUUUGGAGGGAUAAUGACUGAAUGCGACACUGAUUCACCCACAGAGCAUGUUCUUCCUCUAGAGGAUGCUGAAUGUUGUAUUUGCCUUUGUGCCUAUGAUGACGGAACUGAACUGCGGGAACUCCCCUGUCUCCACCAUUUUCACUCAGCCUGUAUAGACAAGUGGCUGCACAUAAAUGCCACCUGCCCUCUAUGCAAGUUCAAUAUACUGAAAAAUGGCAACCAAAGUGGCAGUGAAGAAGCAUAAAUAGAAAGCAAUUGGCAAACAGCAAGAGAUACUCGUGUAUUUUGGAUGUUAGGUGGUGCUGUUAUACCAAAUAUCCGGGUCGUAUCUUUGAGUUGCAAUGUGACGGCUUGUUUGUGUACCUGUUACAGCCCUUUUGAUUGUAUAUGGUUUUCGUUAGUUAUGGGAACUUCUUGUUUCUGUGCCACAAUAGAAAUGGGAGUUGAGACUCGGAAAUCACUGAUGAAACAUUUGAAUUCGUUGAAAAUUACGGUGUAUGUAAUAGUAUUUUGUGAUGUUAAGGAGAAGCCCAAGUUACUGCUGCAGAUAAACUGAAUUCUUAUAACAGUGGAAGCAGAAGAACCACAAUGUAUUAAUGCAGAUGUUGGCAUGGCUAUAGAAAUAGGUCACUGUACAUCUUAGUUAUAGUGACGGCCCAUUUUAACUGCGUAA